AUGGUGCACCCCGAUGUUUUCUCAAAACAAGUUGUUUCUCCGAAUGUCCAAGGUGUGGUUGUUUCUCCGAAUGUUCAAGGUGUUGUGAAACCGAUAGAUGUUGGCAACGAUUUUAAAAACACGCAAGAGUUUGAAUCUCGUGAUCAAAUGCUUCAAUGGAUUCGUAUGGAGACCUAUAAGCUUGGAUUUGGUGUGGUUAUCAGAAGGUCCUAUAAUGGUUCGAAUAGAAAAUGCGCCUUCGUGACAAUGAUUUGUGAAAGAAGCGAGAAAUAUAGAACUCCUCUCCGGAUUUUUAAAAGAGACGACACCGGAAUAAGAAAAUAUGAUUGUCCGUUUAAGUACCUCACUAGCAAGACGCUUAAGGGGGAUAAGAUCGAGAUGCAACAACUCUUAAAAUUGUUGGAUGAUAACAACUACCUGCCUAAGUACCGAACAUGCGAUGAUGGAGUUAAUGUUAGAGAUAUUUUUUGGACUCAUCCUGAUUCCAUAAAGUUGUUCAACACGUUUCCUACGGUUCUCAUACUUGAUUCAACCUACAAGACCAAUAAGUAUAAACUUCCUUUAUUGGAGAUGGUUGAUGUGACCUCAACUGAGAAGACAUAUUUGGUUGGUUUUUCAUUUCUUGUCUGUGAAAAAGAAGACAGUUUUACUUGGGCAUUAGAGGUAUCACAUAACAAAGAAUAUGAGAAGUCGGGAAAGCCCGCAGUAGAGACAAAACAGAUAGAGUUCGAAGAUGGAAAAAUGGUGAAGGCGGGUGUGGUGAAGGAGAAGAUAGUUUGUGCGUGGACUGAUAAUGUUAGACACCUUAAAAAUACAAUAACUAACAGAGUUGAGUCUGUCUAUGCUACUUUGAAAAAUUGGUUGGGAAAUAGUAAGGGGGAUUUGUGUAGAGACUGGGACUCCGGGAAUCCCAUGAUUCAAACCCAACAUAAUGAGAUACAAACAACAUUUGGUCGGAGCAUCACAAUUUUGGAACAAUUAUUUAAAGACAACAUUCUAUAUUCUCGGUUGGUUGGUUACAUAUCUCGUGCAAGCUCUGAUAGCGUAGAGUGUGGAUGCAUAAUUGUGAAAACAUAUGGUCUCCCAUGUGCUUGUGUUAUUGCUAAAAAUGUGAAACUUGGUCACCCAAUAAGAAUGGACGAGGUUUGCACUCAUUGGAAGAGACUUAGGUUUGAUGGUGAUGGAUGCAUGGAUGACGGUAAAUCGAAUAUCUCUAUUUUGACUGAAUGA